AUGGCAGACAACACCUCCGCAGCCUGGCCUAUCGCCGACGCCGGCCUUUCCCAAGAGAUCCUUGAUCUCGUACAACAAGUGAGUAAUUUCCGCAAGUUGAAGAAAGGCGCGAACGAAGCCACGAAGACCCUCAAUCGAGGUAUCUCGGAGGUCAUUAUCCUUGCGGCGGACACCUCCCCAUUGGCUAUCCUCCUGCAUCUUCCUCUCCUCUGCGAGGACAAGAACGUUCCUUACGCGAAACAGGUGCCAUCAAAGAUGGCGCUCGGACGUGCGUGCGGCGUUACCCGCGCAGUCAUCGCUGCAUCGAUUACGACAAACGAGGCCUCCGAUUUGAUGGGCCAGAUCCGCACCCUGAAGGACAAGGUUGAGAGAUUGAUGAUCUAG